UUCGUCUCGCUUGUUGGAUCCGAAUGGAGAGGAAUGGAUCCGCUUCACCGAGCUCCGCCCUCUUCUUGGAUCGCGUGGGCGAGGUCCGCCUCACUCUCAAUGCCGAUGGGUUUUCCUGGAAGCCUAUUGAUUCCGAUCAUGCUGAGUUGAAUUCACGUUCUUGCUUGGGAAUCAAGAUUAAUGCCGAGACUGAGGCAGAGAUCAAAUAUUCUGAUAUUUAUGCUAUUGAGUAUAUUGGCUUGGGCUUGAUUCAUGACUUCACUGCGAGCGUUGGGGGGUUAAUUUCGGGUAGAAACCUUGAGAUGUUUCGUUUUGUGGUGCAUAGUUAUUACAAACAAGGGGCAUCUCAUGCUCCUGGUCCCUGGAUUCUUUCGGAGUACAUGUUUGGCCACACUGACUUGAAAACAUGUCAAGCAUGGGCAGAGCAAUUGAACUCUAUUAUACAGAUGGAAAUAGGAAGACCAAAGAGUCUUUUGGUUUUUGUUCAUCCUUUAUGUGGAAAAGGUAAGGGGUGGAAAAACUGGGAGACUGUUGCUCCUCUGUUCUCUCGAGCUAAAGUUGAAGUGAAGGUAAAUGUGACACAGCGGGCUGGGCAUGCAUAUGACAUCAUCACAUCUUCUACAGACAAAGUACUUGGUGCUUUUGAUGGCAUUGUUGCUGUGGGUGGCGAUGGUCUAUUCAAUGAAAUCCUGAACGGUUUAUUGUCUUCAAGGCAUAAGGCACCUUAUCCACCAGCUCCCAUAGAGUUUGGUUAUACUGGAAGUCUUGAUCAAGAUCAACAGCAUAGAAUCAACAGCUUUAAUGACAGGGCCUCAAAUGAAAACGAUGCCCAUGAACCUCUUAUCUCAACUUCAGAAUCAAAUGGAGGGGGCAUUUCAAACAUCAAACACCAACUUGAACAAUGCAAUGCAGAUCAAGAUCCAGUCCUUUCCUUUCCUAAUGAUUGGUUUAGACUUGGAUUGAUUCCUUCUGGCUCGACUGAUGCCAUUGUGAUAAGUACUACAGGUGUCCGGGAUCCUAUAACAUCUGCUUUGCAAAUCAUCUUGGGCUAUAAGGCACCGCUUGAUAUUGCUCAGGUUGUGAGAUGGAAAACUCGGCUUUCAUCUGUUGAUGUGCCUUUUGUGCGAUAUGCAGCUUCAUUUGUUGGGUCAGCUUCUCCUAUUUUACAUUUUAUUCUAUAUUUAGGGGUUAAGGGGUGUUUUUUUCAUAGAUUUCAGGAAUUUGAUUCUUUUUCAGGAAUUUGAUUCUUGCUAAUUUCCAUUCCCAUGAAUGUCAAAUACCUUGUUCAUUUCGACAAAAAAAUCUUUCAAAGAUUGAUAAGUAAUUCAGACUAACAUGUUUAGUUUAGAUAAUGGUUGAUUAGAAAGAAAUCCAUUAACAGUGAUAGUGACUCUAAAAUUGCCUCUAUUGAUAAUAAUAAAUGUUGAUAUAUGAUUGAUAUUUAGUUCAUGAAAUAAGUUAUAUUUGGUGUCGAGUGUCUUGGUAUAAUUAUCAAGGGAGUCUGUCUUUGAUGUUACUAUUAGUUGAAAAUAUUUAUUGUGAAACAUUUACAGUGGAGGUUUAUUGCAAUAACUUAAUUUGGUAAUCUCUCUUUUCCUCAUUUCCAUUAUCUAUUUCGACAUGGCUCUAUUCUCUGUGAUCUUCCUUUCCUUUUUUCUUCUUCAAAUGAUAUCAGAGCUAUGAUCAUGGUAUUAUCAAUAUAUUUUGACUUUUUCUCCCGCUACUUUGGGUUGGAAUGAGAUCAGUACUCAUCAAUUUCAUCUAUAUUCAUCUGGGAAUAUUCAACUUCCUCGGAAUAACCUUUUUUCUUAUAUCUGGCAUUUUUCUAUUGGGCUUUUUAAACUUUUCUGAAUUAGAAAAAUGGGUUGAUUUAAUUUUCAUCAAUUGCAAUCUGCCGUUGUCAGUUUUGUUUCGUCAUUAAUAUUUGCCGGUCAUCGUCAAUACUGUCAGUUUCUUUUUGUCAUUAAUGUUUGCCGGUCAUCAUCAAUAUGUUCCAAGUCUUAUUUUGGUCAUCCACUUAUGUCGGGUUAUUGUCUCAAGAAUUAAGAAACUCAGGUUCAUUUGAUAUUCAUUCUGCAAGUAUCCAAUUACUUCAACAUAUCUUUUAUAUAUAUAUAUAGAUAGAUAGGGUAUCCUUCUAUCAAGCUCAUCUAACCAUCCUAAAUAAGGUUAAGUGAUGAUUUUUUAGGUUUCCCCAUCCUUAAAUAAAAAAAAGGGUUAAUAUUCCAGGCAAUUUCAAUUUAUCACUCUGUUAGUUUGUUUUUGUCAUCAAUAUUUGUUGGGCAUCAUGAAUAUGUUCUGAGUCUUAUUUUCAUCAUCAACUUCUGUAAGUA